GCUGCGCCGCGGAGGACCUGUUAUCGCCGCGCGCGAGGAAAGACACACACACACCAAAUACACGCGCACGCACGCACGCGCGCGCAUUUCACAUCGAUUGCGCAAUAAGUGAUGGGAGCGAGGGGAUGUUGUGUAGUGAGCGGCGACGCUUUAAAAACGCUCAAUGGCCUCGGCUGUUGUUUCUUCUUUUGCGCACCAUGUGUUACUCGAGCCCAGAAGUCGGGAAGGUCCCAACUCGCGUCAGCAGCGCAUAACGUAGUUUCUGUGCAAACCGUAAAGUAAUGUGUGUGGCUUGUUUUUUUUUAAUGCUCGCAAUUGCCGCCCAUAUGCGAAAAGUACAUUGAGUCCCCGGUACUUGAGGGGCAAACACGGGCUCGCUGGAGCGGACGGUCCGGCCGCUGCAGGAGACGCGAGGAGGACUCGCGUCGGGUCGGAAUCCAGCUUUUCCUCCUUUUUUCAUUUUUAGCGAAACGAAAACGACGUCGCGCGUCUCGUUUUGCUUUUUAAAAAUCGUUUCGACGUCCCUUGAGGCUGCUUCUCCAGGCUUUGAUGCCCACACUCUUUGAAGCAGGGGGACAGACGCAGGCAUGAGUGACAGUGGGACCAAAGAGCCGUCUGCGGAGCCGAGCGCUGCUCAGUCGCCUCCUGAGCCUCAGCGCCGGGGACGGGGUCGGCCGCGGAAACCGCUGCAGGAGCCUGUGGGACCGCCGACUCCAAAGCGACCAAGAGGACGACCGAAAGGAAGCAAGAACAAAGGCCCAAGAACUGCACUCAAGAAGGUAGAGCCCGUUGGGGAGCGCCGACCUCGUGGGCGACCAAGGAAAUGGCCCCAGAAAGUAAUUCAAGUAGCUGAGGAGCAACAGGGCUCUUCAGAAGAGGAUGAGGAGGAGAGUUCCUCGCAGCUUGAGCCCACCACAUCUCAGGAUCCUGCACGGGAGGAAGGGGAGUAGUCGUAGUAGGAUGCCUCUCUACCUACCUCAAGGUUUGGCCUCCCAACAAAUAGGGAUACUGUCUGACUCCUAUCUGCGAUGGCGAUUCAGGAACACACAGACACACACGCUCACACACACAACUCAUCGCAGAAAGUGGUUUGUUCCGCUGGUGCUGUAUCAUGGUUUCAUUGCUUCACGCUCAGUACGGUGAUUUCAUCUAUGAAACUGGCUUCUGGUAAGAAGGGAUAAUAUGAUAUUUUGGGAUGGACAUCUAUUCCCAUUCCGGCCGGGGGGGUUACGUAGGAUGAUUGAUACCAGUCUCGUGUCUCCGUAAAUGUUAAGUUACUGUGAGCAGCUAGUUAGCUUAGCAUAAAGACUGGAAACUUAAAAGUGUAUAAAAAAUAUAACUUACAGCACCUAAUAAAGCUCUGUAGUUACAUCUCAUUUGUUUAAUCCCUAAACAGAUGAGUGUUAGAGGAAGGUGUUUUAAUUCAAUUUUGUAUCUUUGUGCCUUUUGGGUUUCAGACCGUUUCCGGUCUUUAUGCUAAGCUACGCAUUCUUUGUUCUAUCAAACUUCUCAUCUAACUAAAUGCAAAAAUGCCAGGAAGUGUAUUUCACUUAUCAACUACUACUUCAAGGAUGUCUGCUUUCCUGAACCUCUCUGUGUGUGUGUGUGUGUGUGUGUGUCUGUGUGUGUGCGGUGUGUGGAGAGGGGACAGGCUUGCGGUUUGAAAUGGGGGGCGGGGGGGUGGUUGUAGAAAAAAAGGAACCAACCUGAACCUUUUUUAUCGAAACAGGUUUCUAAGUAAAGUACCAUGAAUCCUCAUAUGAAAUGGGAGCGAGAUGGUGAAAUCUUUACCGAUAAUAUAAAAUAUAAACACGGUGUGCUGAAGUCAUUAUUAUGAAAGUGCACGUGAAAGGUUUUAUUCCAAAAUGAAAUAUCCAAUUUGGUUAAAAAAAAACAGAUGAGUUUAGAUUGACGACCUCAAUGAUUAUUUUUCUUCCGAACAGCAGCAAGAUAAAAAAAAAAAAAGCAGCCAAAGGUUUGAAUGGAUAUGACAUUUUUAGAAAGAA